CGCGAGGGGACGCCACGCCUCACGUCUCGCGUCGAAAACAGCUGAUCCGACGACAACAUUCGAACGCGUGAUGGACGGGAACGCGAGGCAGAUCCCGGUAUUCGCGUUCCCCAACUGCCUCAAGUUUUUUCUCGGCUCGAGGACCACCCACACGCAAGUGCUGAGCCUGUAUAGCCCGUACGACUUUCCCGUACGCUUCAAAGUGCACUGUCACGCGAACGCUUGGGACAAGUACACCGUGACGAACCCCGAGGGCGUCAUAGGACCCCAGUCGACCGUCGACCUCGUCGUGACGCACAAGGCACCGUUGCCGCAUCACUGCAACGUCGUCGACCGCUUCAAGAUCGUCAUUUUCGACAAGGAAACGGACCAAACGAUCGGAAAAAAGUACGUCGAGUCGGUCCUGCUGUCUGGCGAAAAAGACGGCAGGUCGCAGGACGACGAUUUCGAGUUCCACAGCAGCGAGAGCGGCAGCAGGGCGGCGCCGAGCGUCGCGCCCAGACCCGUGGACAGGCCCGCCAACAACAUAGUCGCGUCUUUGGUGGUGGCGGCGUGUGCAGCCGUACUUUUCCUGCCCGCCGAUCCCGAACCUGCUCGGAUUUCGAGCCUGCCCACGUAUCUUCACGUGUCGCACAAGACGCAGCUCCUCGCCGCCUUGCUGCUCGGCGUUUUCCUGUGCGUUUUGGUUAGGAAUUGACGCCCGUGACGUCAUUUGGACGGGCUAGUUCUGCGGUCUGUGAUUGCGCUCUCUUUCAGUCGUCUGGUUUUCCAUGUCGUGCGGUGGACGAUUUAAAUAAAGGGUAUUUU